AACCCCUCUUGUUUCUUCUUCCCCAAUUUUGAACCACUUCGUCACUUUCUCUUCUCACUGCUAAUAAAAGUAGCACUGAAAGAAACUUCCCAAAGCCAAGAAAGCAGGCUACUCUGUAACUUUGAAUCAAAAGGGGAAGUGGAAACCAUAAAGCAAGGCCAAGAAGCAGUCAGAAAGUAAACGCACUAGACAUGCUGGGAUUCUUUCGAAGAGACAACUCCGCCGAUGCUUCACCACCAUUCCCGGCGGCGACGUCCUCGUCGUCGCCUUCUGUGCCCCCGGUGACUGGCCCGGCGAGGCCCAUACGAUUGGUCUAUUGUGACGAGAAGGGAAAGUUUCGGAUGGAUCCAGAAGCCGUCGCCACUCUUCAGCUUGUGAAGGAACCCAUUGGCGUGGUCUCUGUUUGCGGACGGGCUCGCCAAGGCAAAAGCUUUAUAUUAAAUCAGCUUUUAGGGAAGAGUAGUGGAUUCCAAGUAGCACCAACGCAUCGGCCAUGUACCAAAGGUCUGUGGUUAUGGAGUGCACCUUUGAAGAGAACUGCACUUGAUGGAACAGAGUACAAUCUUCUGCUAUUAGACAGCGAAGGAAUAGAUGCCUAUGAUCAAACGGGAACAUACAGCACCCAGAUAUUUUCAUUAGCUGUGCUUCUGUCUAGCAUGUUCAUUUAUAACCAGAUGGGUGGUAUUGAUGAGGCUGCCCUGGAUCGUCUGUCUCUUGUCACUCAAAUGACAAAGCACAUUCGUGUCAGAGCAUCUGGAGGAAGGACUUCUGCAUCUGAGCUUGGGCAGUUUUCCCCAAUUUUUGUUUGGCUUCUUAGGGAUUUCUAUUUGGACUUAACAGAAGAUAACAGAAAAAUAACUCCUCGUGACUAUCUGGAACUUGCUUUGAGGCCUGUCCAAGGGAGCGGAAAAGACAUAGCUUCUAAAAAUGAGAUUCGAGAUUCCAUUCGGGCUUUAUUCCCAGAUAGGGAAUGCUUCACCCUUGUGCGACCAUUGAAUAAUGAAAGUGAUUUGCAGCGACUUGAUCAAAUAUCGUUGAACAGAUUAAGGCCUGAAUUCCGGUCUGGUCUUGAGGCAUUGACGAAAUUUGUUUUUGAAAAAACAAGGCCCAAGCAAGUUGGGGUGACCAUGAUGACAGGUCCUGUGCUGGUUGGCAUUACCCAGUCUUAUCUGGAUGCUAUCAACCAGGGUGCUGUGCCAACUAUUUCUUCCUCUUGGCAGAGUGUUGAAGAAGCUGAGUGUCGUCGUGCGUAUGAUUCUGCUGCUGAAAUGUAUAUGUCCUCUUUUGAUCGUUCAAAGCCACCUGAAGAAGGUGCUUUGAGAGAAGCACAUGAAGAAGCGGUUCAGAGAGCAAUGGCUGCCUUUAAUGAUAGCGCUGUAGGGAUUGGUCCCACAAGAAAGAAAUAUGAGGGCCUUCUGCAGAAAUUCUUCAAAAAAGCAUACGAGGAUUAUAAAAGGAAUGCAUUCAUGGAGGCUGAUCUUCGAUGCUCAAAUUCUAUACUGAGUAUGGAAAAGAGGCUCAGGGCGGCUUGUCAUGCUUCAGAGGCAAGCAUAGAUAAUGUUGUGAAGGUUCUUGAUGCUCUUCUUUCUGAAUAUGAAACAUCAGUUCAAGGUCCAGGGAAGUGGCAAAAACUAGCCGUCUUUUUACAGCAAAGUUUUGAAGGCCCAGUACUGGACCUUGUCAAGAGAUUGAUUGAAAAGGUUGGAUCAGAGAGGGCUACUCUUCAAACAAAAUGCAGAAUGAUUGAAGAUAAUAUGGCCCUACUCAAAAAGCGCUUGGAAGCCUGUGAGAGUCAAAAGUCAGAGUACAUCAAACGCUAUGAAGAUGCCAUCAAUGAUAAGAAGAAGCUUACUGAUGAAUAUAUGAAUCGCAUUACUGAUCUGCAGUCAAAUCGUCGCUCAUUAGAAGAGAGAUAUUCUAGCUUAUCAAAAACAUUGGACUCUACCAAGCAGGAAACCAUCGAGUGGAAAAGGAAAUAUGAACAAGCCUUGUCAAGGGAAAAAGCUGAGGUAGAUCAAGCUAGUUCUGAAGUAGCAGCUCUCAAAUCCCGAAGCAAUGCUGCAGAGGCAAGGUUGGCAGCAGCAAGGGAACAAGCUCAGUCUGCCCAAGAAGAGGCUGAGGAGUGGAAACGGAAAUAUGACAUUGCUGUUAGAGAAGCAAAAGCUGCUCUGGAGAAGGCAGCUAGUGUUCAGGAACGCACAAACAAGCAAACUCAGUUAAGGGAAGAUGCUCUAAGAGAAGAAUUCUCCAGCACUUUGGCUGAAAAAGAGGAAGAAAUAAAGGAGAAGCGUGCCAAAAUUGAGUAUGCUGAGCAGUGUUUGACAACUUUGAAGGUAGACUUGAAGGCUGCUGAGUCAAAGAUAAGGAGCUAUGAUGCAGAAAUAUCAUCAUUGAGGUCUGAAUUAAAAGAAUUGGCUGAGAAGCUGGAAACAGCAAAUUCGAAGGCCCAAAUGUAUGAGAAGGAUGCUAUGGUAUUUCAGCAGGAGAAGAUUCAUCUGGAGCAGAAGUACCAAUCUGAGUUUGCAAGAUUUGCGGAGGUCCAAGAAAGGUGCAGAAGUGCUGAAAAAGAAGCUGCAAGGGCUAUUGAAGUGGCUGACAAAGCACGGGCUGAAGCAGGAAUGGCUCAGAAAGAGAAGAGUGAGAUGCAGAGGCUGGCUAUGGAGAGACAGUCGCAAAUUGAAAGGGCUGAAAGGAGAAUUGAAAAUUUAGGGAGGCAGAAGGAUGACUUGGAAGCCAAUUUGCAGAGAACAAAGGAGUCGGAGAAGGAUGCACUUUCCAGAGUUGCAGAGCUAGAGGAAAGGGUGGAACAAAGAGAGAAGCAAAUAGAUUCACUUUUGGAUUCAAAUGAUGCGGAGAGGAAGAGUAAUGUUCAGAUUCUUCAAAAUCUUUUGGAAAGUGAACGCGCAGCACAUGCAGAAGCAAGUAACAGGGCUGAGGCUCUCUCUCUGCAGCUGCAGUCUGCGCAAGCAAAGAUUGAUUCUCUUCAUCAAGAAUUGACCAAGUAUCGACUCAAUGAAACAUUAGACAGUAAGCUCAAAACUACUUCCCAUGGUAAGCGCUUGCGUGUAGAUGGUGAAGUUGGCGUAGAAUCUGUUCAAGACAUGGAUAUGAGCCCAAGAAUUAUGAGGGGAAGCAAGAGAUCGAAGAGCACUUCCAGCCCAGUUAGAUACACCCAUCCAGAAGAUGGUGGUUCCAUCUUUGAGGGUGAUGACAACAAUCAUAGUCAGCAAACGAAUGAAGAGGAUUACAAGAAGUUUACAGUCCUGAAGCUUAAGCAAGAGCUGACAAAGCACAACUAUGGUGAUCAAUUACUACAGUUGAAGAAUCCCUCCAAGAAAGAUAUUCUUGCCCUUUAUGAGAAAUGUGUUCUUCAAAAGUUAUAGCAGCAUAUGUUGGGGGCUUAUAGAAUUGAAGACUUCUAACCCAAAAAGAAAAAAAACGAAGGUCUUUACAUUUAGGUCUUGUUAUGAUGCAUCUAAUCGCCUCCAGUAGCUGACACUGAUUGGUACAUAGGCCCACAUAAAUUUCUGUGGUAUAGGUGAGAUUUAGGACUAGGAAUGCUGUGUCAAUAUAGUCAUGUUUGAGUGCUAUUAUUCCAUUUUGGGUAUGUUUUCUUGGGUUUGUUUCCAAUCACCGUACUGUUGGCCAUGGAAUUUUAGUCUUGUAUUUAUUUAUGGGGUGCCUAGUGCUUAGUUUGGCUGUAUUGCGUACAGCGUGUGUUGUGUUGUGUUCUGUAGUGGUCAUGCUUUGGGGGACCAGUAACCAUAGGAAAAUGGUUCGGAGAUUAGGUGGUGUUGAAUCAGAUAUGACUUGCCAAUUGUGCCUCAUCCUAAAGUCGAUUUGUUUACUGAUUCUUUUGUGCAGCUUGUAUGAUGUGGCAUAUGGUUGUUAUUAAAACUGAUGUGUUUUGGUUGUCUUGUUUUA